AGCAGUGGUAAACGUAUGUAUAUACAUACAUAAACACCGUUCCUCUGUAACAUUCACCGUAGCCGGAUUGUUUUCUUUCCAUUGUUCUCUCAGUGUUACUUCUUGCGUCAAAAUAAGUGACCGAAAUUUUUCGACUUAACAAUUCGCGUCUUCCAAUUUCCUCAAGUUGUUCAAAGUUAAGAGGAACAAUGAGUAAGAAGAAAAAUAUGGCAAUUGAUUUCCAAGAUAAUAUGAUAUUGCUCACCCGAAAGUAUUUGAAGCGUAAAAUAAUGUGUCCUGAAACUAAAUUUAGACAUCAUGUUAAUGAACGAUCACAUAUUUUGGAUUUAGUAAAACGUACUGUUGAAAUAGGUGAAAGCAAUUCUGCUUUAUUAGUUGGACCUAGAAGCAGUGGAAAAACGACGCUUAUUAACAGUGUCUUGAAAGAAUUAUCAGCUUUAAAAAGUUUUAAGGAUAAUGCAUUAAUAGUGAAUCUUCAUGGAUUAGUACACACUGACGAUCGUUUAGCGUUAAAAGAUCUGACUCGUCAAAUGCAAUUAGAAAAUGCAGUUGGUGAUAAGGUUUUCGGGACAUUUGCGGAAAAUCUAAGUUUUCUUUUAGAUUGUCUGAAAUCUGGUGAUAAAAAACAUUCCAAACCAGUCAUCUUUGUACUUGAUGAAUUUGAUCUGUUUUGUGAACAUCACAAUCAGACGUUACUGUAUAAUUUAUUCGAUGUUGCUCAAUCUGCACAGGUGCCGAUAUGCGUAUUAGGUAUAAGUUGUAGAUUAGAUGUUGUGGAAUUAUUAGAGAAGAGGGUUAAGUCGAGAUUUUCGCAUAGACAAAUAUUUCUAUUUCCUGGCGAUACAUCAUCUUCGGAACAGCCUAUAUCUGCGUUUGAUGAUCGCUUGGAACUUUUUCGGGAUCUUCUUAGUUUACCUGAUGACGAGAAUGUAAAUAAAAUAGAACAACAGUAUGAUGACUGUAUGAUAGAUCCGCAAUUUGGCUCUAUAUGGAAUAAUUAUAUUAAGAGUUUAACUACUAACGUUACACUUGUGAACUUACUUAAGAGAAUGUAUCAUAUCGACGUGAGUGAGAGGAGCUUUAGAAAUUUUCUCGCGGUAGCCGUCUCGACAUUAUCGGAAAAGCAUCAAAAAUUGGAAGUAAACGAUUUUGUGGAAGCGAGUAAAAUCUUUUCGGAGGAUGAUAAAUUAUUGAUACUCGAAGGACUAUCCAUUUUAGAAAUGUGUUUGAUAAUAGCAAUGAAACAUGAGACGGAGAUUUAUGACGGCGAACCAUUGAAUUUCGAGGCAGUAUACAAUCGUUAUAUCAAGUUUACGAAUCAGAAUUCCUCUAUACAAUCUGUGCAGAAACCAGUCAUCAUGAAAGCUUUUGAACAUAUUAAGAAUUUGGAGAUCUUGCUACCAGUUGGAAAUACAAACACGAAGUUUGAAAAGGAACAUCAAUAUUACAAAUUCACACUAACAUCGCAGCAAGUUAUUGAAGCUGUAAAAAAUUAUCCAAGUCUUCCUACAGAAGUUUCCCAGUGGGCAUUGAGCAGUAUAUAAUGAUGAUACAGUUUUAUGCUCAAUCUAUUAUGUUCUAAAAAAAUUACACAUUACGCGUAAUUAAUAAGUUUCUGUUCACAAGCGAUGUGCUUGUAGAUUAAAUUUAGGCAUUGCGAGACUUUACAUCGUAUUAGUAGAAGGAAUACACUUGUGAAGUAGCAUAGAAAUUAAUAAUGUGUUAAUCUUUUAGAUACAUUUUUAUAUGUUGAACAUAAUCAUCUCCAUAUCCUUAAUUAAUGAUUAUCACAAAAAACAAAAUAUUACACGAGAAAAAAACUAUAAAGAUAUACGAAUGUCAUCUACAUAUUAUGCCCUCCAAAAAAUGUGAUAGUCUAGUCGUGUGUACCCCACACACACACACACACACACACACACAUCAAUUUAAAUUUUUUAAAGUAAAUUUUUUUCAAAUGUCAAUCACUUAGAAUAGAAAAUCGAAAGAAAUAUCAGGAAAACGCAACGAAAUUGUGAAUAUAUAAUAUAUAUCCUCAGUAUGUAGUAAUAUAAAUAUAUGAAACAGGUUGGAGAAUAAUAUUUUGUGAAUAUAUAUUAAAUAUGGAUUUCAGAAAUAAUUCCUGCCAAUAUAUAAACAGAGAAUUGAUAUGUUCAUUUUCAUAUGAAAUUAACAAGGAAGAUACAUAAAUAUUUAUCGAAAUAUUUUAUUUUAUACAGUAAGCAUUAAUGUAGAUAUCAUUAUAUAUAUCGAGUGUCGUGGACAGUUAAUUAAAUACAGUUAAUUAAAUUUGACUGAAAUCAUAUUUGUGCCAUUAUCUAAGCAUCGUGUUUAAAAUUCAGUUUUUCUGUGAUCCUUCCAUGAUCAUGUCCAUAUUUAUCUUUAUAUGUGUGCGCGCAUACAUGCCCGCGAUCAAUAUUUAUAUGCGUGAAUGUGUAAAAAUUUAAGUAUUUAUUAAGAAACUAUCUUUCUCUUUUGCACAUUCAGACACAUAUUGCGCGGACGCAUUGAAAUGCGACAAAAUUAGAAUGUGCACAUGUCUACGUUUAUACAUUUGUAAUAAAUUUACGUCUCUGACGAAGUAUCGAUA